UUAAUUUUAUUGUUUUAUCGUUAUAAUCAAGAGAACAAUUAUGCUUCUUCGUUGUAACACAACAGCGAAGAAAUGUAGUAAUAGAUUUUUAGUAUUUUCUCGUUCUCUUUUGGUAGAGUUUAGUAGUCUUUAACCUCCACAAGCAGUAGAUUCGUUAAAUGAAAUCUGGUCACACUGAUUGAAACUGACGUUUAGUAAAAUUAUUUUAAAAUAAAAACAAUGGAAAGCGUAGAAAAAUAUAAUACAACCGUCUAAGAAUAUUUGUUUAAAUAUAGUGGACGUUUAAUUGAUGAUUAAUAUUUUGUUAAGGGUUCCUAAAUUUCGACCCUUACGUCAUUGCCUAUCUGUGUUAUCGCCCUUUGAUCUGAAAAUGGUACGCUAUUUCCCAAAUCCGUACGAAGAUUACAAGUCGGGAGAAGUAUUAGCGUUGAAUAAGGAUCAAAUAAUUGGUCAUAUUAAUGAAAUUAUAGCUAACAUAACGAAGAGACUACAGCCAACACAAAAAAAUGUAGAGGGAGGAUUAUAUGUCGGGGUUAGCGGGGUUUCGUUUAUGUUUUACUAUUUAUCAAAAAACCCUUUACUAUCAGAAAAUAAAAGUACUUAUAUUGAUAAAGCAAUAGAAUAUCUCUCCCCUGCACUAGAAACAUCAGUUGGUGAGAAAACUUCGUUUCUACUUGGCGAUGCUGGAACGUUCGCGCUUGCUGCGGUCUUAAUGAAGGAGAUAGGAAAUAAUCAAUUUUCCGAGAAUAUAAAAGCAUAUAAGUCUCUGUAUAAUUAUUAUUUAAACCCUAAGUUCCUAAAAUGUGGUGGUGACGAGUUUUUCGUUGGCCGGGCUGGGUAUUUAGCUGGAGCUCUAUGGAUUAGCCGUGAGAUACAAGCUCAGAUUUUUACCAAUGAAGAAUUGUAUAAAAUUUGUGACAUGAUAAUUAUGUCUGGUCGUGAAUAUUCAAAGAGACACAGAAGUCCAUGCCCGCUGAUGUAUCACUAUUAUAAUACUGAAUACUUGGGUGCCGCCCAUGGGCUUAGUUUUAUUUUACAGAUGCUUUUGUCUGUGCCUGUUUCGACGGUAUCCAUAUUUAUAGAUAUUUUUAAAUCGAAAAGUAUUGAAAACGGAGUUAUUUUGUAUUGUCAUAAUGAUUAUAAACUACUUAUAAUUGAAAAAGCUUUCCAUGAAAGUAAUAUUAAAGUCACUAGUUUGAAAACAGAUCGGAAUUAUUCCCAUAACGGAUAUUUUAGUCAUUCCAAUAUUGGUUUCAUAGUAGACGCAUCAUGCGAGUCAUGGUACCAAAUUUUUGAAAACAGUGACAAUAGAUUUUUUAGACGAUCAUACACAUGGCUGAUUGAAACUCCUAAUUUAGUUGAUACGAAGAAUAUUUUGUCAAAUUACCCAAUUGAGAUCAACUCCGAUUUUAUACUAAUUUCAAAAGAUAAUAAAAGUGGUAUUUACUACCUAUACGAACUAUUUAGUAGAGGAUUUUACACACAUGGUUCUUUUGUUAUUAACUACUUAGGAUAUUGGGAUGUGAAGUUGCACGUAAAUCAAAGUCGCAGGAUGGAUUUAACAGGAGUGGUUUUAAAAUGUCCUAUAGUCAUUCUGGAUCAAGUAGUUAACCAAACUUUUAAACAUUAUUUAUCUAAUACAAAGCCAGGUUUCAUAGUCGAUUCAUUGCACAAAAUAAAAUUUUAUACUUUGCUUAAAUAUUUACAAAAUAUAUACAACUACAGUUACAUCCUGCAACGAACCAAUUCUUGGGGGUAUUUAAAUAACGGCACAUUCGAUGGUGUUGUUGGUGCUUUACAGAAACGCGAGGCCGAUAUCGGCGGAACGCCUAUAUUUUAUAGGUCAGAUAGAGCAAAAGUUAUCGACUAUGCAUCACCUACAUGGCAAUCAAGGCCUUGUUUUAUUCUACGUCACCCCAAGUAUCCUGGUGGUUUUUAUUCGAUAUACACUCGGCCUUUAACCUCUGCAGUUUGGUAUUGCAUUUUAUCGCUUUUGUUUCUCGCUGGUACAAUUCUGUGCAUUAUGCUUAAAAUAAAAGUUUUAAAAGUACCCGAAGAUGAUGACUCUUCAACUUCUGCAGCGUUUCUGUUUAUAUUUAGUGCGAUUAGUCAACAAGGAACAACUAUAACAAGAAAUUCGUUAUCAAUAAAGUUACUAAUUUUUAUUACCUUUGUCUUCACACUCACUCUGUACCAGUAUUACAACGCAACAGUAGUCUCUACAUUGCUGCGUGAACCUCCUAAGAGUAUUCGAACUCUUCAGGAUUUAUUAAAAAGCAAUCUCAGAGUAGGAGUAGAAGAUGUCCUGUAUAAUAAAGAUUUUUUCAAGCGUACAAAGGACUCGGUAGCUGUAGAGCUAUAUCAUCAGAAGAUAGUGACAGGACGUGAAUAUAACUUCUUUAAGCCAGAAUAUGGUAUGUAUUUAGUGAAGAAAGGUGGUUUCGCCUACCACGUGGACAGUGUAACUGCGUACCAUAUCAUGCGGAGGACUUUCAGUGAACGGGAGAUAUGCGAUGCCCACGAGAUAUAUUUGUUUCCGCCGCAGAAUAUGGUGGCUGUUUUACAAAAGGGUUCGCCUUAUAAAGAACAUAUAACGAUUGGCAUUCGUAAAGUAUUUGAAUCAGGCUUGAUGCACAGAUUGAGGUCGGUAUGGGAUGAGCCCAAACCUCCCUGCGUCCACACACCCGACAGUAGUAUAUUCUCUGUUACUCUGCGUGAAUUCUCUAUGGCGCUGAUUAUGUUAGCCUUCGGAAUGGUGAUGUCAGUACUUAUUUUAUUCGGCGAGGUAUUAAUAUGUAGAUUUCGACCGAGAAUUAUAGAAUUUCUUCAUUAGAUUUUGUCCGUUAAAAAUUAUUUUACAUUUCAUUCAUUAAAUGUGUAAGAGCUUAUGUGAAAAGAUGUCGUGUGUACCUAUUUCCAAAUAAAUAAAAUUGGAGUA